ACGUCUUUGAAGAAUCCAAGUUAACACAGUCGGAGUGCGUUUGAUUCGUUUGUGUCUCACUCAACUGUGCUGAUUGACAUUAACAAUUGUUGAGUAAUCAGUUGGUGGCAAUAGUUUUCAAAAUAAACUAAAAAUGCGAAAUAUUUGCGGGAAUUUGCUGAAAAUGGGGUUCCUUGGUGGUGGGAAAACAGCACAGGCAAUGGCCAAAGGAUUCAUAUCGGCUGGUUUGGUGAAGGGAGAGAACAUUACCGCCAGUUUCAGUCCUCAAGACGAGGUUAAUUUGCAAGCGUUCAAAGAGCUCGGGGCUGGAACGUAUCUUGACAGUGUUCCGGUUGUGCAGCGAUCCGAAGUGGUGUUCAUUACGGUCAAGCCAUGGAUCGUUCCAGCGGUGUUGAAGCAAGUGUUGACGAAUAGUAAGGAUAAGCUCUUCAUUUCGGUGGCAAUGGGAGUCAAGCUGAAAGAACUGGAAGCAUCCCUGCUCCCAACUGCACGCGUCAUCAGGGUCAUGCCUAAUACGGCCACGCUGGUCCGUGCCGGGGCUUCCGUGUUUGUGCGCGGCUCUGCAGCAACCGAGGAUGAUUGCUCGCUGACGCAAUCGCUACUAGAGUCGGUGGGGACUUGCGACGAAGUAACGGAACAAUUGAUAGACCCCAUCACUGCCUUGUCGGGAAGUGGUCCGGGCUAUGUGUUCACCAUGAUCGAAGCGAUGGCCGACGGAGCCGUCAAGAUGGGUCUUUCGCGUGAUUUGGCGUACAAAUUGGCAGCCCAAACGGUCAUGGGAUCCGGCAAAAUGGUUCUGGAAACGGGAGCCCACCCGGGGCAACUCAAGGAUGACGUUGCCAGCCCAGGAGGGUCGACCAUUACGGGAAUAUCGUUUUUGGAGAAACAUGCGUUCCGAUACAUUGUUAGUGGUGCCAUCGAAGCCGCAACUCAGAGAUGUCGGGAGGUGUCUGGAAAAGAAUGAAGGGAAAAAAGGAUGCAGCAAAAUACUACGCUUUAUUGAGGCAAUAUGUGAUAAUCCAUCCAUAACAUACGCAUGAAUAGUUUCAAACCAUAAUACAUCGAUGUUCUAUUGAAUUUUAGGAAUGAAUAAAUUAUAGCUCAAAAUCUCAUGUCUUCCUUAUCGCGUGCAUUGCAAUGUGAAAUAAAAAGCAAAUGUUAUUUCUUUUAUCUGUA